UUGUUAAAUCGAAAUUUCAACAAAAUAUUAUUGUUUGAAAAUUGUUAUGGAGAACUGUGUGUGAAUUAAAUUUAUGUUUUAACGCAAUACCGAAACAAAUAAAGAAAGUUUUUAAAACGUGAACUAUUUCUGAAAUAAUACUUACCUACAUGUAUAAAGAAAAAAUAUUCGUGUUAUGAAAGUGGUGAUAGUUUGUAAGGAGGAAUUUGUGGGUUUCCGGAAUAAAUUUUGUAAGCGCAAAUCUUGCAUAUAGAUAUACGUUGAACCACCGGCACGUCUAGCCAUGUAUGUGUAUAAAUUUUCGUGUAGGUGUUGAAUGGUAUAUAGUGAAAGUGUAAAGUCGAGUGAUUCGGUAUAAUAUUAGAGUUCCAAUAUUGCAAAUAACGACUGUACGAUGGGGGAAAUAUUGAUAAAUUUAAACCAAAAUGUUAAUAACCAACAGACAUUAGCUAACGGAUGGGGCGAUACUAUGGGAAAAAUACAAUAUUGGCAUCCCGAAGGCCAACAAGGCCAACAGGGUGAACAAGAACUGGCAACAAAGAUGCUACAAAUUCAAAGUAAGAGAUUCUAUCUGGAUGUGAAACAAAACAGACGUGGCAGAUUCAUCAAAGUUGCUGAGAUUGGAGCUGAUGGACGAAGAAGCCAGAUUUUUCUGGCGUUAAGCACAGCUUCUGAAUUUCGAGAUCACCUUUCCACAUUCAGUGACUUCUACGCAUCGUUAGGUCCCCCAAAUCCAGACAACGUGCCGGACGAUGGGAAACUCAAAUCAGAAAUGAUGGUGAAAGAUAAUCGACGGUACUAUCUUGACCUCAAGGAAAACUCACGUGGCCGUUUCCUGAGGGUGAGUCACCCUGUAUCCCAAACGAUAACACGGGGUGGACCGAGGUCGCAGAUAGCAAUACCAGCGCAAGGGAUGAUUGAAUUUCGUGAUGCAUUGACGGACUUACUAGAAGAAUUUGGUACAGACGAUGGUGGAUUCAAAGGCGAUUUACCAGAGGGGCGUUACAUGCGUGUUGAUAAUAAAAAUUUCUACUUCGAUAUCGGUCAAAAUAAUCGUGGCAUAUACAUGAGAAUUUCGGAGGUAAAAACGAACUUUAGAACAGCGAUUACCGUACCAGAGAAGUCAUGGGGACGAUUCAGAGAUAUAUUUGCGGACUACUGUGAAAAAAUGAAGGAGGGAGGAGGAGGAGGAGGCGGCGGGGGCGGAGGCGGCGGAGCCGGAGGCGGAGGAGGAGGAGCAGGAGGAGCAGGAGGAGGAGGAGGAGGAGGAGUAGGAGUAGUAGGAGUUGGGAUCGGUGGUGGUGGUAGUAGUGGAAUUGGUGGAAACAAUCUGGCAGAUGGAAAAACAAUGGUAGCGCAAGUACCAUCACCGUCUUCAUCGCAACAGCCUAACCCUAAUUUAGACUCCCCACUACUCAAGUGAAAAAGACUUUAACUUUAACUUUUGAAUUGAAAGAAUAAUUCGUUCUGAAACCGUUGAAUACAAACAAAAAAAUUUAAACUCGUCACAGUUUAUAUCAUCGAUACCAGAACGGUGAAGAGAAAGGAUCGAUUAUGAAAUAAUAUUAAUCAAUUUUCGGAUCCAUUCGAACAGAGGUUAAUAACGAUGAAAUUACGAAUAGUACCAGCCCAAACGUGUACAUAGAAACCGAAUAUUACGCUACCUAUAUAACAAAUUACCUAAACAGAUAUGAAUAAUACGCGGAAUUAAUAGAUGCAGAUAGUAUUACUAUUACUGUUCAUUUCCUAAUAAGCAGUCCAGUCAAUUACCAUACAUGUUUCGAAAAUUAUUAUAAAAAAAAAAUCCAACAAUAUUCUUUCAUUCGUUGUAUUUUUUUAUUACUUUGAAAUGAUCAAAAUAACACUCCAAUUCAAAGAAUGUAAUAGACACGCUAAUGUUUAUCAAACCCCAACUCUAUUUGAGUGUAUCUAAUUUUUACAACUAUCCGACAAGAUUUUAAAUGAAACUUAUCGCCGGUUAGAUGACAGUCAACCACGCAAUUUUGUAAACUAAGUGAACCAUUUAAAUCUCAUGGUUGUUUUUAUUUCAUCCCGUUUAUAUGUUUGUUAUGCUUGACACAUUCAUUGAUUCUUGGCAUCAUUUGUGCAAUGAGUUGAAAACGUACAAUGUUUGUUCGUAGUAUUUAAUUAAUGACUAGAUUCGACUUGUUGAAUUCGCUUACUUGAAAAGAAAUAUAAUGGAUUCCUGUUAGGAAAUGAACUGUAGCAAAGAUUACGUUACAAUUGAAUUUGAUUGUUCAGAAUUUAUGGAUAUAUAGUUGUUAUUAAUAAUUAUUACGAGCGCAUACACGAGAAGAAGAACUACAAAAAGAACAACAAUAACAACAACAACAACAACAUCAACGCAAGUACUGCAUACCCUAACGAUAUAUAAAAUCGCACCAUCUUACGAUCUGACGCUUGUUUCAGCAUGAGAAACUUAUCAAAAUUCCGGAAUCCUAACAAGCCUAAAGUUUUUUUUUUUAUCUGAAACGAGUACCCGAUCACACAUUAACUAUUUAUAAACUAUAAUAAAGUUCAAGUAAAAGUAAAUUAAAUUAAGCUGGAUAAUUAUAAUUACAAAUAUGAAUUAAGUAAUUAAAAAUUACAUAGGAAGGGUUCUGAUGCAAGACCAUACAACACCACACACCACACUUGUUUAUUAAGUAAAAUAACAUCUCUAUGAUUAAAAUAAUGUUAUAUUAUAUAGGAAAGUAAAAAUUAAACCGAUAUGAAUUUAUAUAAUAUAUAUUAUAUUUAUAUAUUACGUUCCACCGAAUUGUACUAAGAAAGAAAAAAAAUUUAAGGAAAAAAAUAGGUCAUUACAUACCGGUACAUACAUAUGUAUAAUACAUAUAGAUCAGACGAAGAAAAAAGAAACAAUUAUGUGUGCAAUGGUGUGUACAGCGUACCUAAAACAUUAUCUACGUGACGUCACGUUCAAUGCAACCGCAUACUAGGUAUAUUAUAUGAAUGCAUAUUAUUUAUAUAGAAUCUAUAUUAUAUUGUAACGAAAUGCCAACGCAUGCGGACCUAAGUUUCUGUGAAUUUAAGGAAUAACCAAAUCGAUUAAAACUAUUACAGAUACUUAGGCCCUCAGACUUCAGUCUGAAAACGCAAAAAACCUGAAUGUACUUGAGUAUGAAGGACAAAUGGAUUGAAAAAAACAGAAAGGGAAACUUGGAGUUAUCUUCAAAUUGUCAAACUUCCAUAAAUACUGCAUGCUAUGCUUAUCAUUACUUUCUGAGUAAGAAGGAAAAAAUAUAUAUGUAUAUUUUUCUUUUUUUUUUAUAUCAUUGGACACACGCUUUCAUUGCGAUGAUCAUUCAAUUGGUGCGAUAAGAAUUGUUAUUAUGAACAAUAAUAGGAAGAUUUAAUUAGAUUUAUCAAAAUUGUGCAUCGAAUGCACCUUAUUUUCGGAGAGAUGAAUACAUAUAUUCUAUUUAUUUUCUAUUCUUAGCAAUAAUAUAUCUAUCGUAAUUAAGCAUUUGUUCUUUUUUCGAUUGUUGUUUUUUUUUUUUUCGUAUUUUCAAAAUUAAAUUUCGGCUGGUCUGAAUUCGAUAGUGUAGGAGUCAUGUUCAUAAAUUCAUUAAUUACAAGAAAUUGAGAGGUACGGAACUAGCUCAACAACUCAAGACUACUGUCCAUCUUAAAUUUGGCAAAUGAGUAGAUUUAAAAUUUUAUUGUAUUGAAUACAUACGGAAAUAUCUAUAUAUGAAUAAAUUUCAAACUAUGAAACGA